AUGAUGAAUGCCAGUCAAUUGCAGCUCACCGAACAGACCAAAGAGCUUCUCGCUCUUUGCGAAACGGCGGUGUUUAGUGCUCUCCAAAGUGCUUUAGAUAAAAUUGCUCAUAUUCGUCAACUGGAACAUGAGAUUCGCGUUUCACUUGGACCACGAAGUUUUCGACGAGGUGUUCUGAUGUCUGUGCUGCAAGAAAGUGCCAAAACUAUUCCUCUUUGGGCUGGGAAACCAGGAGAAAAGGCUCCUCCGCUAUGUGGUGCAAUACCUGCUUCACCAGGAACAUUUGUACAACCUGGUGACCUGGUGGCUGCAUUAGUUCCCGAACCUGAUGUUGCGGCCACCGCGGCAUGUAAUCUUUCAGAAGGAUGUAUACUUGCUGAGGUCGUCCAAUACGAUCAGGACAAACGAACUUACCAGGUGGAAGAUGUGGAUGCGGAAGAGGGUAAAGUGUAA